AUGACCACGCUCGACACUCUGAAGCAGGCUCUUAGACAAAAUGUUACGUCCCCAAAGCAGCCCCUAUCUGACGCACAAUAUAGCGCUGGCUUUGACAUCCUACUCCAAGGGCCCGGAUGGAAGACGUACCAAGACUUCAUUUUCCCUCAGCUGUCUCAAGUGCUGACCCCUCUUUUCAACUCGCGUGUCCGCAUCUCGGUGCUGGAGAUAGGACCCGGCCCCAAGAGCGUGAUUGGAUAUAUGCCUGACGAUCAAAGACGGAAGAUUAAAAAAUAUGCUGCGUUCGAGCCAAAUGGAUUAUAUGCCACAAAGUUGCAAGAAUGGCUGGGGACAAAGUCUUCGCUGCCCUGUCUGGAAAGCCCGCCCGACAUCCAUCGAAAGCCGUUUGCUCUGGACAGCGCCGUCACCGCCGUAAAUAAUGGCGAGGAAAAAUUUGACGUCGUUCUCUUCUGCCACAGCAUGUAUGGCAUGACGCCCAAGCGCAAAUUCAUCGAACGAGCGCUUGAAAUGCUUGUUGUGGAACCGGAAGGCGGGCUGGUGAUGGUUUUCCAUCGCGAUGGUCUGGACUUUGAUGGCUUAACCUGCCAUAAAACUGCUUCAUUCCCUUCUGGAAUCGUUCGUGUAGCAGAUGAUGAUAAGAUUUUGGACAGUUUUGCCUCUUUCAUUGCGGGCUUUGUCAUGCAAGAAGAGGACGCGGACAAGGCCAUCCACAUCGAGUGGCGUAAGACGUGUCGUAACUUGGGUCGUCGUCAGGAAUCUCACCCAGGUCAUCUCCUUUUCAGCGCACCUGAAGUCAUGGUGGCCUUCAAUCAUCAUUCUACAAUGUUACCGGAGCUUACAGCGCAGGUGCCGUUGGUGAUGAAGGACAAGACUGUGAAGAACUGGGAGGCUCGGCUCCACCGAGCCGCUUCAAUUAUCAGACCGACGAAGGUCCAACACAUCCAGCAGUGCGUCCAAUGGGCUCUGAAGCACGGAGUUGGUUUAACUGUCAUUGGUGGGGGCCACAGCGGCCACUGUCUGUGGCCCAACGUUGUCGCAGUUGACAUGGACGAUUUUAAUCAAAUAUAUGUUCAAACUCCCGGAGAAGAUGAAAAGAACCCCGACUCUAGUUCCAACUCUUUUAUUAUCGCUGAGGCGGGUUGCAAGACAGGAGAUAUCAUUCGUACUGCCAUGGCGGUGGGCUUGAUAGUGCCUCUCGGAGCCCGUCCAAGCGUGGGCGCUGGAUUAUGGUUACAAGGCGGACUCGGGCAUCUGGCCAGGCUUCGUGGACUUGCAUGUGAUUCCAUUGUCGGUGUCAUAAUGGUGAGCGUCGACUCCGCUCAGAUCCUUUGCAUCGGUCAUGUACCUAUUCAAUAUUGGCCGACCGGUGGUGUCCGCCCGGAAAACGAAGCCGAGUUGCUAUGGGCAAUGAAAGGUGCUGGAACCAACUUUGGCAUCGUAGUGAGCGUCAUUUUCAAGGCUUACCCGGCUCCCACCUAUACAGUUCGAAACUGGAUUGUGCCAUUGAGCGGCAACGUUGAUGCGCAACGCGGGCUCAGCGAAUUUGAUACGUUCGUUGCUCGUGAUCUCCCCCGAAACUGUUCUGCAGACGCGUAUCUGUACUGGGAUGCUGGCCAACUGCAUCUUGGCAUGACCAUGAUCGAAGCUUAUACAUCUGGAUCUACAUCGGAAACGCCCACGCUCGUAGAUACAAUUCUGGGGCCAGAGUACAGUUCCAAGGUCGUAGACGCUGUCGGUUUGUUCCAAACCGAGAUGUACGUGUCCGGGAUGCAUGGCGGACAUGGAGGAGGCAAGACGUCAGCGUUCAAGCGGUGUCUCUUCUUAAAAGAUAUCGGAGCUGCAGGCAUGGCCGAGAAUUUGGUAGCAGCGAUUGAGUCUCGUCCCACAGCACUCUGCUAUCUCCAUCUGCUGCAGGGCGGCGGAGCGGUUGCCGAUGUGGUCCCUGAUGCUACGGCUUUUGGAUGUCGCGACUGGGACUUUGCAUGCGUCGUCACCGGCGUCUGGCCCCGCGACCAAGACGGAACCCAAGCUGCUCGAGCUGCUGUACAGUGGGUUUAUGAUGUCGCCCGGAAUCUGUUGCCCCUGAGCAGUGGGACUUACGGCGCGGAUCUCGGACCAGAUCCCAGAGAUGCCGAACUGGCGGAGAAGGCUUUCGGUCCAAACCGGCAGCGCUUGGUCCGUCUCAAACGCGGCGCAGACCCACGCAAGGUGCUGGCUUAUGCCUGUCCGCUCCCGGAGGCGUCCAUGGAGCCGAAGCUCAUCAUUCUUGUCACGGGAGAGAAUUGCGCCGGCAAGGACUAUUGUGCUGACGUUUGGGCCUCCGUGUUUAAUAGAAGCUCUCCCAAAACUCUUACGGCUCGGGUAGUUAGCAUAAGCGACGUGACCAAGCAAGAGUAUGCGGUGGCUGCUGGCGCCGACUUGAACGCCCUACUCCAGGACCGUGCCUACAAGGAGCAGCACCGGUCAGCGUUGACGGCAUUCUUCCAAGACCAAGUGAGGCAACGGCCCCAGCUACCACAGGAGCAUUUCAUGAAUGUAGUGAAUGGCGCCGUGGGCGUGGAUGUGCUGUUGAUCACUGGGAUGAGAGACGAGGCUCCAGUAGCAACCCUAUCGCAUCUAGUGCCAGAGAGCAGAGUGCUCGAGGUUCGUGUCGAAACCAGAGAAGAGACGCGGCGGAUUCGUGGAGGGUAUCAAGAUGGUGGCGGAGUUGAUCAUAAUAAAGACCACACCAACAACACCAAUGGCGAGUCGGUCUCGACGGCCCCAGGCUGGUGCCCGAGUCUCACUUUCUACAACGAUACGCCCGGGAGUGAGAUGGCAGAAGUGUAUGGCCAACGCUUUUUGCUUCCCUUCUUCCGCAAGGACUUGCAACAACUGGCCAACAUGGUGCGUUCGGUGCCGGACUUCCCACGCCCGGGUAUCGAGUUUCGCCACGUGCUCGGCAUCGCCCAGCAGCCAGGAGGAUUGGCCCUGUGUAUUUCUCUGCUGCGGAGCCAUUUUACUGGUGACUGGAAUGAGAUCAAUGCGGUGGCUUGUUGCGAGGCCGGAGGCUUUAUCUAUGCGUCGGCGCUGGCUACACAGAUGGAUUUGCCUUUGGUGCUGAUUCGUGAAGCUGGCAAGCUCCCGCCCCCCGUCGUUUCCGUCAUCAAAAGACCAUCGCAUAUUUCGAAUUCAGCAUCCAACGGGUCAAUCGAGAAGAAGAUUGAGAUGGAGCGGGGUGUGAUCCACAGAGGCGCGUCUGUACUGGUCGUAGACGAUGUUCUUGCCACGGGGGAGACGCUUUGUGCGGUUGUACAGCUGCUGGGUGAAGCUGGCGUCAGCGCCGAUCGUAUCAGUGCCAUGGUCUUGGCUGAAUUUCCUCUUCAUCGCGGCCGAGAACUGAUGCGCCGUUGUGGCUUUGGCAGAGUCAGCAUUCAAAGCCUUUUGGUCUUUAGGGGGGCUUAGAGAAGGAGGAUGACUUGUGCCGUCUAGACUGGCUGAGAUCUUGGAGUGAGUACAUGAAUAUGAAUCAAUGCUGUGAUGGAAGAUUCAAGGUUUCCAGUGGGAGCAG